AUGCCCGCUAAGAAGCGCUGCCAACUUCAAGCUGAGCCUCGCUGUAAUCAGGCCGUGCUGCGUCUAGUUGGCCAGUGCCCCCAUUGCCGAGCAGAGUUCUGCGGUACACAUCGUAUGCCCGAGCAUCACAGUUGCCAGGGCCUCGAGAGCUGUCGACAGCAGGCGUUCGAGAAGAACAAGGCCAAGUUGGAGAGUGAACGGACUGUAGCGUCGAAGAUGGCAAUGGCAUAA